AUGACGGCUUUACAGGGCAUAGGCUCCCUACCGCAACUGGCCCCACGCCCAGAGAUCCGGCUCCGAUACACAUUCCCUUACAAAAAGGACAUGCCCUUUGUUCUUCGAAAUGGUUCUUGGCCAAAUCCAUAUCUAUCCUCCAUCCUGUACGAGAAAACCCAGGAAUACAACCCACAAGAUGAAGCUUCCGAAGAGACAGCCCUGGUGCCGCCUGGACAAACGAUAUACAUGGUGCCCUAUCAUGCAGUUGAGUUACAUGACGCAAGGCUUGCCUCCAUUGACAUUACCAAAUGGACGGCCGUACCAGCCAGCAACUCUUUACUUUUGUCAUUGUUUGAGAUAUAUUUCAUCUUCGAAUACCCCUUUCACUCGGUUUUCCACAAGGACCUUUUCCUCGAUGACAUGUUGAGUGGAAAGCAGAGGUUUUGCAGUCCACUGCUGGUUAAUGCUGUCUUGGCUGCAGCUUGGCACGGCCACCAAGGAUUCCAGAAACGAUCAGAAUACUGGCGACCUGAUAACCUGGGCUAUCGCUUCUUGGCAGAGGCCCGACGAUUGUUGGAACGGGAACAGACGACAUCAAAGAUCACAACUAUCCAAGCCACAAGCAUCAUGAACUUGACUUUGUGCACAAAUGGGCUUGAUGAGUUGAGUUGGUCUCUCCUGGGUAAUGCCAUCAACAUGGCGCGACAACUCAAUUUAUUCACCCCGUCUCCCGAGUCGGACCCAAAAUGGCAGAAAGCCGCUGCCAUCACGUCCUGGAGUGUCUUCAAUAUGCAGGCUUGGCACAGCUUCCACAUGUUUCGAUCCCCACCCCUUCUCGAGCCCCCCUUGCACCACCUUCCCGAUGCGGAACAUGACCCAAGUUUCUUUGGUGAAGUGCAUGUCCGAUAUCCUGGUGCUAAGCAAAAAGUCGACAUAAACCACGGCCAUGUAUUCAAGGCAAUGUCAGGGUUUCGUACAAUCUUGAAUGCUGCCUCACUGGAGGUCUCGAUGAGCGAAGGUGAUCGUUUGCUGCCCGUGAGACUCCUGCAUUACUGGAGGAGUAUCGAGGGCUGGUAUUCCAGCCUUCCACAAUGCCUCAAGGCUCGGAAUAUUGCUUUGCCAAGUCACUUGAAGCUCCAUAUGCAUAUGCAUGUGCUCUUGAUACGGCUUUUCGAGCCAUUUGAACACGUCUCUCAGAUAUUUGCCAUUGAGGAAUUGCCGCGUCCCGGAAAUAUCGUAAUACAGUCCAAAAUGGCACUGGAGACACUGGUUCGUCUACACUAUUCGCGUCAUGGUUUUGAGGCAUACGAUCCGGCAAUGCCCUAUUUUGUCUCUCUAUUGGCUUGGAAUUCGCUCCGAGACUAUAAGCAGAUGAUAUUGGCACAAAACACUUCGCACGUGGACGCGGCACUUUCAACCAUUAUGCUCUGUGCAAAACUUUUAUGGGAGCAAGGUGCUAACCACUUCCUCUCCGAGGUUGUCUUCUUCUUUUUCAGGAGCUCCUUGCCAAGCCUACACGAGGUGCGUCUGUUGCGUGAGGUGGUUGAUGUCAUUGAUGAAGAGACGGGGCCCCGAUUGGCGCUGAUGGUGCAAGAGGUCCGCUCGCAAUGGCCCGUUGGUAUCUUUAGUACUGCCAACAUGAGCGCCGACGCUGCGAGACUGAGCCACUUUAUUGAUUGGUGCGAGCGGACUGUGGAUAGCCAGGCGCAGCAACGCCUAUCUACCUCCCAGAGUCCUGACCCAUUUGGAAGUCCUGAUGCUGCAUGGAUUCAGUACCCUUGA